AUCACCGACAGACUCACUGGUCCUGAACACACCUUGGUGAGCACGUUGGAUAAAAGGCAAGCUGACACAGAGACAGAGACAGAGACAGAGACGGGACGACGCCAGGUACAACACAUCACAGCUCCAACAGCCACUGCAACCUGGGAUUCACUGCUGGUGCCGUACCUGACCAAGGUGUGUUCAACGCGAGGAUGUUGCUGUUACUCCUGAGUCUGGCCUUUGCCAGCCGUGUCCUUGCUCAGGACUGCCGCCAUCACGCGUGUUAUCCCCCACCCCGGGAACUGACCACCGGACAAGGCAAUAAACUUCAAGCUUCAUCAACGUGCGGCCUCCAGAAGUCGGAGAGUUACUGCACGGCAAAGAUGCAACACGGGCGCGAGCUGCUGCAGUGUUGUGUCUGUGACUCACGGAAUGAAUACAACCCCGUCUACUUCACCAACAGCCACCGCAUCCACAACGUGGUUCCCUCCGGCGCCCUGAGGAGCUGGUGGCAAUCGGAGAAUGACCAGGAUCAAGUGUCUAUUCAGCUGGACGUGGGCGGCAAGCUCCAACUACACGACAUUCUGCUGCAAUUCAAGUCCCCGCGACCGGCGGCCAUGAUGAUCGAGCGCUCAAACGACCUUGGCCGCACCUGGAAACCGUACCUGUACCUCGCCGACGACUGUGCCGCCUCCUUCCCUGGCGUUGCCACCGGACGCCCGCGGGACCUUGCCGACGUUCGCUGCCAGCCGCAACUACGCACACAAGAGCCGUCCGAUGGACAGGUUACAUUCAAUCCUCUCAGUCUCGCCGACGACAUCAGUGCUUCAAAGAAUGACAAAAUCAACAGUUUAGCAGCGUUUACCAAUCUAAGGAUUAAUUUUAUCAAACCGUACAAAUCUCCGACAUCUCAAAACCUGCAGAACGUCAACACCUUCUACGCAAUGUAUGAGUUGAAGGUGCGGGGCAGCUGUUUCUGUAACGGACAUGCAUCCAGCUGUGCUGCAGCUGGCAACACCAUCAUGACACCUCGCGGCCCUCGACCAACAGUGUACGGGCAAUGCAUCUGUCAGCACCACACAGUGGGCAGCAACUGUGAGCAGUGUGCCAGCCUCUACAAUGACCAGCCCUGGAGACCAGCUGAUGACCAGAGUACCAACGCCUGUAAACAGUGUAACUGCAACAACCACGCCCAGCGGUGCCACUUUGAUGCGGGCGUUCACCGUGCCAGCGGCGGGGUUAGCGGCGGGGUCUGUGACGGCUGCCAACACAACACCAUGGGCAACAACUGUGAGAAGUGCCGGCCCCCCUUCCGUCGGGACCCCCGGCGAGAUAUCACCGCCAUCGACGCCUGUGUGGCCUUCGCCUGUGACUGUGAGUCGGCGGGGUCUCUCGAUGGCGGGGCGUGUGACCCAGUAACGCAGCAGUGCCGCUGCAAGCAAAACGUGGAGGGCGCUCGCUGCGACCGCUGCAAAUCCGGCUUCCACCGACUGCUCGCCACCAACCCUGCCGGCUGCCAGAGAUGUGCGUGCAGUGAGCAAGGAUCACAGCCGGGCAGAAGCUGCAGCCAGACCAGCGGUCAGUGCAGUUGUCUCCCACACGUGGUGGGCCCCACCUGCGACCAGUGCACCCAGGGCUUCUGGAACCUCCGUAGCGGCGUUGGCUGCACGGCCUGCCAGUGCCACCCCACUAACUCCUACAGCUUGUACUGCGAUCAGGUGAGCGGUCAGUGUCCAUGCAGAGCGGGCAUUAGUGGAAGAACGUGUGGCCAAUCGGACUUGUUGAAAUGCCCGGACUAUUACUACAGCUUGGGUACAGAAUGCGUGCGCUGUAAGUGUAAUGCUGUCGGAUCGGAGGAGGGUCCGUGUAACAAGGUGACGGGCCGGUGUGUGUGUCGGCCGGGCUUCACGGGCCAGCGCUGCGACCAGUGUGAGCGGGCGCGCGGCUACUGCCCCGACUUCCCCAAGUGCCGCCAGUGCCACCCGUGCUUCCUCAUCAUGGACAAGGAGCUGAGCUCCAUCACCGUGCGGCACAAAGCGCUGGUCAACAUGAAGCUGCCGGGACUGGCCGGCGGUGGGCACGACUCACAGAUACUUGAGCUGAACAACAGACUGCGGCAGAUUCAGGCGAUCAUCAGCAACCCUGCCGUGUCCAACGCCACCAUUACUGACAUGUACAACAAGUACAUCCAGCUCAGGCUGGAGACUGACCGGGUCAACCCUGACAUCGGCGCUGUGGAUCAGAACGUGCGACUGCUCGUGGAGGUGGAGGAGCUGAAGGGGGACGUGAGGGACAUCCAGGCUCAGGUCCGUGUGAAGAAGGAGCAGGUGGAUCGCUACAUCGCUGACGGAUCGCCAGGCACUCAAGGUGUGUACAGCGACAUCUUGGCAUCGUACCAACGGUCUGGCAGAGCGAAGGACAGGGUCACGGCGGUGGAGCCCGCCAUCCUGAAGGCGCGCGACACCCGCCUCACGGCCAAACACCUGGAGUCCCGUCUCAGCCCCGACAACGGCCUCAAACUACGCCAGCUGAAGGAAGGCCUGAAGACCCCAGACAUCAACCCACUCAUCAGUAAGGUGUGUGGAGGGUCCAGGGGGGAUCCCUGCACGGCGGCACGCUGUGAGGGGGAGCUCUGCCCCGCAACCUGCGCUGGUCCAGACUGUCGGGGAGUGGUGCAGCUGUCGAGGAAAGCCAUCGAGGAUGCAGAGAGAGGCAGCACGGCAGUGCCUGACAUCUCCAACAGAAUCGCCCGGCUCUCCCGAAAGCUGCAGAGUACCAACCAACUGGCCCAACAGGCCAAGGACAAGGCCCUGAGCCUGACCUACCGAGCGGUCGCUGCCAAAGACCAGAUGCAGAGAAACCUCGCCGGCAUCAAGAGUCUCAUCAGCCAAGUCAAAGACUUCCUGACCUCGGCCAGAGCUGACCCAGCGGAGAUAGUGAGGGUCAGUGAGUACGUGCUGUCGCUGCGAUUGCCCACGGACGCCACGACCAUCGGCGACAAGAUCAGCACCCUACGGGACAUCGCUGCUCGGCUCCCCGACGUCUCGGAGAUCCUCGCUCACACGCAACACGAUGUUGACAAAGCCAACGCCUUGCUGGAAGAAGCAAAGACAGCCAGGGACCGAGCGGGGGAGGUGAAGGACGAUAUCGGUGCCACCGCGGGCGCUGUGCGUGACGCUGACACGGCGCUGAGGAAGGUGGACGAGGGGAUCGGCGAUAUCACCGAGGCCAUCAGCUCAGCUCAGGACCGCAUCCAACAGGCAGAGGGUGUGCUGGUGAACACAGGGCUGAGCCUGCAGGACAUGUCGCGUCGACUGUCGCCACUCGCUGGCCAGAUCAGCGGCCUGGCGCUGGACAACAAGGCCAACAGACAGAGAGCCGGGGAAUUGGAGCAGAGCGCCAACGAUGCGCUCGACACCGCAGAGGAAGCUCAGCAGAAACUGCAAGAACUCAUUCCCGAGUACGAGAAACUGCGAAAUAAGGUUCCAGACUCACUGCCGAAAGACGUGAUGGAUCGAGUACAUCGGGUGAAGACUGAGGCUGGGUUUUACAUGAACAGGUUCACCGAGCUAACACAGCUGAUUGAAACAACGGAACAGACGCUGGCGUCUGGGAACCAGCAGCUGGAGGCCAGGUCUGCCCGGCUAGAGGAUUAUCAGAAUAAAGUCGUGAAGAUCAAGGAGUACAUCGAAUCUCAAGCACGAUAUUACAGCCACUGCACCCCCUAACCGCGCAGUGCACCCCCUCACCACCCACCGCACCCCCUCACCACCCACCGCACCCCAUCACCACCCACCGCACCCCCUCAUCACCCACCGCACCAGCACCGGCUCAUAGGUCUUCCUCAUCCCUGAAGAUCGAAGAUGUCUUCCUCAUCCCUGAAGAUUGACGAUAUGGUCAGAUGAGGCUCUGGAUUAAGACCUUCUAUUGGACGUUGCUUCGACUGCGUUUGCAAACAACUUUGUCCCACAAACGGAAGACAAUUUCAUCUUGAAUAUCUUUGUUCCCACUUACACUUUCCGACUUCUCACCAGAAUGAGUUCGACGUUACUUUUGUAAAAGUUUUCUAUUGGAGGUUGAAUACUUCCGAAUCUGUCCACGACGUUGUGUUAAGUUAUUAUAAUUCAAUAAAUGCAAAACUAUUA